CUCACUUUGCUCUGUUUGUGAACAGCCUUUUGUCUGAAUCAUUGGAAAGGAUGAAGUGUACCGUGGUCUUUCUUGUGUUGUCCAUGGUUGUCCUCAUGGCUGAACCUGGAGAGUGUUUUAUCGGGAUGCUUAUCCAUGGAGCCAUACACGUUGGCCGUUUGAUCCAUGGGCUUAUCAAAGGACACCAUGGAUUGGAUGUGGAGCUUGUGGAGGUGGACAAACGUGCAGUGGAUUACAACCCAGGCCGGCCUGGUUUUGAUUAAAGUGGCCACUUUGAAAU